AUGUCUGCGGAGGCGGAAAAGUUCUUUCUCUUUGAGACCAACACUGGGCCCACCCCGGCCCCCGAGCAGCAGGCACGCAGUGGUCUCUUUCACCUCCCGCACGGCCCGCUGCGAACGCCGAUAUUUAUGCCGGUGGCCACGCAGGCCGCAUUAAAAGGCGUAACGGUGGAGCAGCUGGAGUCAUUGGAUGUGGAGAUUAUUCUCGGCAACACGUAUCAUUUGGGCCUGAGACCAGGGGAGGCGAUUCUGAAUGAGAUUACACGACGAAAGAAUAUACAACAAGAGGAGGCACUGGAUCAAAAUAAUGGAGAAGAAAAAGAUGGAAAGAUAUCCUCAAGGAUUCGAAAUAAUAUGGAUGGUAUUCACUUUCUACAAGGGUGGAAACGGAAUAUACUUACCGACAGUGGUGGAUUUCAAAUGGUGAGUUUACUACGGCUCGCUAAAAUCACUGAGGAAGGAGUACGUUUUCAAUCUACACAUGGAGGUAGUGGGGGUAAUUCUCAUGCUGUUGAUGAUAAUAAGAAUAGUGAUACUCCAAUCACAGAAGCUGUUAUGAAUGAAGAUGGGGAAUAUGCACUUCUUUUACGUCCAGAAGAUAGUAUUCGAAUUCAAAAUGCUAUUGGUGGAGAUAUUAUGAUGCAGUUGGAUGAUGUUGUUCAUGUAUUAACAACAGGGCCUCGUGUGAGGGAAGCUUCAGAACGUUCUGUUCGAUGGUUAGAUCGUUGUCUAUCUGCUAAUAAAAAUCCUGAGAAACAAGGUAUAUUUGGAAUUAUACAAGGAGGUCUUGAUCCAGUUUUACGAGCAGAAUGUCUUUCAGAAAUGAUAAAACGAACAGCGUGUAAAGGAUUUGCUAUUGGUGGAUUAAGUGGUGGUGAGGCAAAGGAUGAUUUUUGGCGAAUUGUUGCUCAAUGUUGUAAGGCAUUACCAAAGGAUAAACCCCGUUAUUGUAUGGGUGUUGGAUACCCAGAAGAUAUUAUUGUUUGCAUCGCACUUGGAGUAGAUAUGUUUGACUGUGUUUACGCUUGUCGUACAGCCAGAUUUGGUUCUGCAUUAACAUCAAUUGGAAAACUUCAACUUUCUAAGAAAACUUAUGCAAAUGAUAUGGGACCAUUAGAUCCUGCUUGUAAUUGUUCAACAUGCAAGACUUUUUCCCGUGCAUAUUUACAUCUUGUCGCUACCAAAGAAACUAUUGGUUCUACACUUCUUUCCUAUCAUAAUUUGGCUUAUCUCAUUAACUUAACACGUGGGGCGAGAACGGCUAUUGAGGAGGGAACCUUCACAGAAUACGUACAGAAAUUUUUUGUAUCGUACUUCCCUAAAAAAGAUUAUCCAUCGUGGACGGUGGAUGCGCUACGUUCAGUAGGCAUUGAACUUAUUUACUAA